AUGAAGUUCUCUAUCGUCGCCUCUCUCGGCCUUGUCGGCUGUGCCCUUGCCCUUCCUGCUCCUCAGGAGGGUGGUCUUCUGCCCCCUCCUCCUGGGUUCCCUACUGAGCUCCCUCCCUGGAUCACCGGUCCUCCCAGCAGCACUGCUACCCCCAGCAGCACCGCCACUCCCAGCAGCACUGCCACCCCUAGCAGCAGCGCCAGCGUUUCUCCCACUCCCACUGGCUUCGUCAAGCGCCAGUUCGGCGAUGACCAGGACGGCGGCUUCCCUGGCUGGGACUGGCUGACCAGCAUCUUCGGCCCUGGCGGACCUGGCGGCGGCCCUGGAGCCCCCACCGGCUCCCCUACCCCCAGCGGCACCCCCAGCAGCUCGCUGCCGUUCCCUACCCCCACCGGGUUCCCCUUCCGCAACUAA